CUGCAUAUCGAGCAAAUGGACAGCAUUACCAAGAUUGAUGGGGAAUUGUACGGCUGCAGGGGAGCUUUUCCCAAACUGACAACCUUUCGUUUACUAAGAAUGGAAAAUCUGGAAGAGUGGAACACAGAACACCCCUGUGGUGAGGAUGGUUCACAUGUGCUCGUGUUCCCUAUAUUAACCCUUUUGGCAAUAAGUGGCUGCCCCAAGCUGAGGAUUAAACCGUGCCUGCCUAGAGGUGAGUACUUCUUGGACAUAAGGAGUUGUGAUGACCUGCUAUCACCAUUGGAAGAGAGAUACCAGGUACCUGAAUCCUCCUACCCUGCUCCGAAAGGCCUUUUUGUGCAUUACUGCGAGCAGCCUCUGCAUGAGUGGAGGUUGCUCCACCAACUCCCUGGGAUCAGUUACUUGAGCAUCGAGCAUUGCAGUGACCUCACAUGCAGCUCAACAGAGAUCAUUCGAUGUCUCUCCUCCCUCGAGACUUUAUCUGUGACAGAUUGCGAAAGCAUUACAGUGCUGCCAGACUGGUUGGGAGACCUAACCAGUCUCAUGAGACUUGAGAUAAUCAAUUGCACUGGCAUCCAAACAUUGCCAGAGAGCAUAGAGCGACUCACCAACCUCCAAGAGCUAAAAGUUUCAGGCUGCCCUGACCUAGUGCAGUGGUGUGAAUCAGAGAAAUCUAUGACGACCCUAGCUCACAUCAAGACUAAGGAAACUAGAAAACGCAAGCUUACCUACAGUUUAGAAUCCUAUGGAAAGGCCAAGGAGCAGUAGGGAAAAGUGUUCCUCUACCGAUUUUGAGGGAGUACUUUUGAUGGAAAAGGAAAAUGUGCCGUACUGCUGCCUUGGGAAACCGUAGGGGACGAAUCUUUCCCUAGAAUUUAAAUUUGUAGGCGAAGUUACUGGCAUGGCAAACUGACCUCCCUUGUAACAAACAUUUAAUUACGGAAUUAUAUUUGAAUUCAGAUACGAAAUACAUUUGACUUCAAAUAA